UAACUUUUACAUAACUAAAUGUUGGUAUGGCAGUUGUGUUUGAAUAUGGUAUAUUUCCCAGUUUGAUUUUUGAGCGUUUUAUUUCUUGGUCCGUCAACAUGAAACUGAUUAUUAUCACUUUAGUAGUGUUUUUUAUUUCUAACGUUUCAUCUUUUGGUGGUAAUGAUGAAAAAUUCUUAAAGAAAUAUGCAAUGAUGAAGAUUUAUGAGAGUUGUUUUGGAGAGCAAGUGGUGAAACAAAUAAGACAAGAAUUGAAGAAAGCGUGCGCUAAAUGCUCAAGUUUUGAAGAAACACCUUUCAUUCCAAAUCCAAUACCACCAACUCCAGAACUUAAGCCCCAAACACCCCAAGAAGUACCAGGAUACAAUUCUGCUUUUCCUCAAUCUUCCAUUGAAGCAGAAAAAUUACAUCAGGCUAUUCUUGCCUUUAGACCGAAUCCAUUACCUCAACAGUCAUUUAAACAGCAAUAUCCAGGAUUUAAUCCAGCGAACUUUUAUGGAUCUCCUUUAGCCAACCCAGUACAAUUACCAUUCUUCUAUCCAGGUUAUCCACAAGUUCCAUUCUCUCCCUACAACUUUCCAUCUGCUGGACAAGCAUUUUACGGAACUAGAAUGGCGAGGAAUAUGGAUUUGAAAAACCAGUUGGAACUUCUAACAACCAGAAUAAGCGGAAGAGUUAGAAAUAUAACUUGUGUCAUGCAAGAAUUAGGUUAUUUAGAUGAGAAUUUAGAACCAAAUUAUAACAGAAUUAACGAAAGAAUUGGAAAUCUUCCUAUCACCGAAGAAUUGAAAAAAGACAUGCAGGAUGGCGUGACCUUUUGUCAACAAUUUUCUCAAUGUGUACCCGAAGUAAAAAAAGAAAGAAGCCCCCUUUCUCGGGAGCUAAUUAGACCUAUGUUCUUUUUCAAAUGUUACAAACAUAAAAAAUUAGAAGCUUGUAUUAUGAAAGAUGUUAGAGAAAAGUUUGCAGGUGUAUCUGACGAAGAAUUGGAUGGAGAUUUGGAUUUAAGAAGAGCAGGAAAAGAUAUAAAAAUUUCCAAAGCUGAACAAGACAACAAUGUAAACGAUCUGGAAUCAUCUAUGUAUGAUUUUUUGUAUUCAAGUGAUAGUAAUAUCGAUAUGGAUGGAUUCUUGUAGUAUCAAGUUCCAUAAUUUUAUAUUUUGGAACGCUUGACAAAUACUGAAUGAAAAAUCAUUUGGGAAAGAAAUUUAUUAAAUAGUGCUACUAUAUGUAUUUUAAUUUUGAUGCGAAUCUAAGAAACUUGAACAUACAAGAAUUAGCCACUUUUGUACUGUCACUUUAUUUAUUUUUUAAUUUAUUCUGCUGUAAUUAAAUUUGAGUUUUUACAAUGGAAUGUAGUGUUAACUAUAAUUGUAUUGUGAAAAUUUGAAGUAUG